AUGCAAGUCAAGAAAAUGUCAAAUAUCAUGGCUCUAUCCGAGAGACGAAGAGAAGAAGUAAGUUAACAUUGCUUGCUUAAAUACUUGACGAUAAGGAGAUAAAUUUAUAUUAAAAUACAAAUUUUUUUUACAGGGAUCUUCUGGUGAAUACAAGUUAUUUAAAUCGCCUGAAAGAAAUAAUGAGUCCAUCGAGCUGAAUUGUUCUAGCGAUAAGGAAGCGGCGAAACUAUUUGGUAUGUACUUGGACCAUAGACAUCCUUUACCAAAAUUGGAAGAAUCAGAUAAAGGAGUAAAGGUUCAAGUUUCGGGACAGAAUAUGACUUGCACUUACGAGUUAUGGCAUGCCAAAAACAAAAUAUAUGCAGAGGCAAUCUAUUUUAAGUCGGUGAGUAUUCAUCUUCGUGUAGUUUGAAUAUUGUGCGCCUAUUAUAUAAAUAUAUUGGCUAUAUACAUAAUUUAAUAGUUAACGUUUGAUAUUAUAUUUGUAGGAAGAUAUGUCGUUGUGUAUUUUAAGAUGUAAAAUGGUCUGUAACUUUUCUUGAGUGAGUACUAGUGUUGUAGUCAUAUUCAUGUUAUAUUCUGGUUACUUUUUGCAGAAUUCUACUGUUACUUCGUUUCCUACUCCUACUGACAGUAUUAUAGAGAAUUCAUGUGAAAAUCCAGUACAUGUGCCAAAUAACAUAGAGGACAAAGAACAUUUUAUCCUAAAACAAUUAUACGGAUUCGAUUCCUUUAGAGAAGGACAAUUAGAAGCUAUUUCUUCAAUUUCUCAAGGCAAAGACACACUUGUGUUGAUACCAACUGGUGGUGGAAAAAGUGUGACAUACACUAUUGCUGGAAUUCUCAUGCAAGGUCUCUGUGUUGUGAUUGAACCAUUAAAAUUUAUAAUGGAAGAACAAGCCGAGAAACUAAGGGCUAAGCAAAUUCCUGCAUUUUACUUUAACUCGUCGUUGACAGACACAGAAAUGGAUUAUGUUGUGAAUGCCAUUUGUCGACAACAAGUUCCAUAUGUGAUGCUCUUCACCAGUCCUGAAUGUAUUUUAUCUAAAAGGCUUCAAUAUGUCCUUGAAAUAUGGAAUAAAAUUGGGCGACUGAGCUUUAUUGCGGUGGACGAGGCACAUUGCAUUGACAUGUGGGGACACGGUUUUCGACCAGAUUUCCUGAAACUUGGCACCUUGAAAGAUUACAGCGUCCCAAUAAUGGCUUUAACCGCUACUGUGACUGAAAGAGCACAAUCGAAAAUAAUUUCAAGUUUGGACUUGCAUGAACCUAACACUGUACAAGUUAAACAUGCAAGAAAAAACUUAUUUUUGAAGAUCAUUCCAAAGAAAGCACAACCAAAAAAACAGGUUGCUGAUUUUAUUAAUGAUAAUUGUCCUGCUGAACGUGGUAUUGUUUACUGUGCACGUCGAAAGGAUGUUGUUGAUUUAGCACAUGAAUUAAAAAAGGAAAACAUUGACACAGUAUUUGUCCAUGGUGGAAUGGCAGACAUGGACAGAAAACAGCAUGAACAAGCAUGGGCAUGUGGAAAUGCUAAUGUUAUGUGUGCUACCAAAUCUUUUGGGAUGGGGAUUGAUAAGAAGGAUGUGAGAUUUGUUUUGCACUAUUGUUUUCCUGACAGUAUUGAAGACUAUGCGCAAGAGAUUGGUAGGGCAGGGAGAGAUGGUCUACCAGCCCACUGUGUUUUGCUGUUUGCAUAUGCUGAUAGGGCAUUUCACUUGCAUAAUAUUAUGCAGAUAGAAGAUGAUGAAUAUAAAACAUACAAAUAUGAAUUGAUGAACAACAUGGUGAAGUAUUGUUCACAAUCCUCUUGUCGUCACCAGUUCCUUCUGUCUUAUUUUAAUGAGGAUUCACCAAUAUGUGAAGAGCAUUGUGAUUGUUGUACUUCAAGUCAUGUAUACACAACUGAAGAUUGUACGGACAAGUCUCGUAGUAUUGUCACAAGUUUGCAGAAAUUACAACUUGUCAUUGAAAAUGUAAAUGUUCUUACACUCAUACAGUUUGUCAUGGGUUCGUCAACAAAUGCCUUAAAGGCUCUUUCACUGGACAACCAUCCUGUGUUUGGUGUAGUGAAAUUCAGUUUCCCAGGAAGAAAUGGAAGGAAACAAUUGGAAAAACUUAUAUAUCACCUCAUUAUUACUGGAAAAAUAAACGAAGUUCCAGCUGGUACUAUUGACAGACCAAGUACACACAUUGUUGUUGGUGAUAUGAAUGCAUUGCUUUCUGGGCAUGAAGAGGUUUGGUGUUAA